GGCGAACCGACAGGGAUGAAUGUGCAGGUUAAUUCAAAGUACUAUUGAGAGCUGUGACAGUACAUUUCAAGAAACAGUUGGUCAAGGAGUGGUCCUUGAUGAGAUGGAGAUACACACAGAGAAAUCAUCAAAUUUCGCCACAUGCGGUACUCAUACAGAAGGAUUAACUUCUCAAGAAGACACCUUAUUCGGCACCAGAUUAAGUUAUAGUUUAAGGGGAAAGGAAUUUGAUACGUUCAGUUGUAGUUUCUGUCUACAGAGCUUCCCUACAAAAUACAGACUUAUAAUGCAUGUCUUCACCCACAUUGAUGGUGUGCAGGUUCCUGCAUACAUUUGUAAGUCCUGUGGUGAGGUAUUUCCCAGUAAUGAUAGGUUGAGCAAACAUUUGAAAAUGAGUGAGUGUGAUGAGCUUUUAUCUGCAGACAAUAAUGAGAAAUAUGACUACAGUGAGGACCAUGAAAAUAUUAUCAGCUUGGAAAAUGAUAGAGCAGUGUCUGCCAUGGAGGAGCAAACUUCAUCCAAGGAAACUUCGGAACCUUUGAAGAAAUCCUUUAAUGACACAUCUAACAUCCAUACAGUGACACUUGCACAAGGGAUGUCAGACAGGAGUGGUGAUUGUGAAACCUUAGCUACAUGUGGUAAUGUCAAUGUCCACACUAUUUUACUCCCUGCGAAGAGACUGCACAAAUGUGAUGAAUGUGGCAGAUGUUUUACUCGGUUGGAUCAUCUCAAGACCCAUUCCUUAAUACAUACUGGUGUAAGACCACACAGAUGCAAUAUUUGUGGAAAGUCAUUUAGUCAGUCUGGCAAUCUCAAGAGACAUUUAUUAAUACACUCUGGAAAGAAACCUCACAAAUGUGCAACUUGUGGUAAAUCUUUUACUGUACUUAGUUCUCUGAAGAUACACUCGUUCAUACACACAGGAAAGAAACCCCAUUUAUGCGAUAUCUGCGGCAAAGCCUUUGCUGUGUCGAGUAAUCUUAAAACCCAUACAUUAACACAUACUGGGGAGAGACCACACAAAUGUGGCGUUUGUGGCAAAAAUUUUACUUCGUUGGUUACUCUCAAGAGACAUGUCUUGAUACACACUGGAAAGCGACCCCACAAAUGCGACGUUUGUGGCAAAUGUUUUAAUGAUUUGAGUUCUCUGAAAAAACACACAUUAAUACAUACUGGAAGGAGACCUCACAGAUGCGUUAUUUGUGGCAAAUCUUUUGCUGAAUCCAAUAAUCUCAAGAAACACACCUUAAUUCAUUCAGGACAGAGACCUCACAAAUGUGAUAUUUGUGGAAAAUCUUUUACCGAAUCAGGGACUCUAAAAAAACAUAUGUUUGUACACACUGGCAGUAGACCUCACAAGUGUGAUGUCUGUGGCAAAUCGUUUUCCUUGUUGGGAACUCUCAAGAUCCACGCAGUACUCCACACAGGAAAUAGACAGUACAAAUGUGAUACAUGUGGCAAAUGUUUCAUUAUGUUGAGUAACCUCAGGACCCACACACGAAUACACACUGGGGUGAGACCCUACAAAUGUAAUGUUUGUGGCAAAUCAUUUACUGAGUCGCGUACGCUUAGGAAACAUGAAGUAAUACACAUCGGAAAGAGAUCUCACAGAUGUGAUGUCUGUGGAAAGUCUUUUAUUCAUUCGCGUAAUCUGAAGUCCCACGCAAUAAUCCACACUGGUGAGAGAGCACACAAAUGUAGUGUUUGCGGAAAGUUAUUUACUCAGUCAGGUAAUCGCAAUAAACAUGUGUUAAUACACACUAGAAAGGGACCUCACAAAUAUGGUUCUCGGGGCAAAUAAAUUUCCCUUAGCUGAUGUCAUCAAGAUCCAUACAGAUACGUGUACUGGGAGAUGUUGCACGUUUGUUGUGUGAUAAAUCCUUAAAAUGUGCUAGAAUUCUGAAGAGGCAUAUAACAAUAUGUGCUAGCGAGAGAUCACAAAUGUGACUAAUACAUUUCUGCAGUUUGAAAUUUUGAAGAAGAUGCUCACAAAGUUGCUACAGAUGAAUUACAUAGUUGUGACUUUUUUCUGAAUAAUGUUGCUAUGCUUUAGUCAUACUUGAUACCAGAAGUUCGUCCAUUUAGUGAAAUCUUUUACCAAUAAAUACCAUGCAGUAAUCAGGACCCUAGAUAUUUCAAGGAAGUGUAUUGCUUUGUUGUUUAUUAUUGGAAGGAUAAUGAAAGUAGCCCUAGAAACAGCAAAAAAUGUAAUGUUUAUAGCACAUUCUUCACUCAGGCUAGUGAAGAAGAGAAAGAUGAGAAAAAUCUGAAAAUUAUUCAAGUAUUAGACACAGAUACACUUUCUUAACAGUAGUACAAUGUAUGUAAUUAAUUAUCCAUUUUUUGUGCUGAUCCUCCAUUACAAUCUGUUUUAUAAUGUUAGAUAUGCAGUGGUAAGUCAAAAAUUGUGAUCCGCUGCAUAGUAGCGUUUUACUCAACCUUCAGAUUGCAAUACAGCAGUGCUUCGACGAGAUGUGGACUCAACGAUUCUUUAAUAGGUUUCCAGUAGUAUGUUGGUCUAUGUGUCUACACACAAUUCCCAUAAAUUGUAGGCUGGUCGUUUGUGGAUACAUAGCUGGUGCCCCUUAGUAUCCUUGAUCUGUCUGAUAGGCCUCUCAUGAGGUGAAUUGGAUGGCCAAGACCCAAGUUAUCACAUUGCUCAAACCAUUUUAGUGCAGUUCUGCUCUUGUCACUUGGAUAAUUAGAAGACGCCAUGACCAUCAUGGAGGACUUCAAGCAUUAAGUUCGUGUAGUUCACUGUCGUCCUGAGGCCUUCAAUUAUAACUACCUGUCCCAUGGUAACCGAAGUAAAUGUCACCCACAGUGUAAACUGUCUCUAUCUUCCUGCUUCUUUUGUGUUGUGAAUAUUGUAAUCAACCAUUCACCUCAUUAAAGGUGUAUCUUGGCAGCAUUAUUGACCUAGAGUAACAAAGAGUGUCGCUUAUCUGAACAAGAGACACGUUUCCAUUGAUUUACAAUCCAAUUUUGACGAUCCCAUUUCCACUGCUAUUGCAAUGGACAGUGUUGUUGGAUCAAUCUAUGAAUAUGCGGCAUUAUAUGCAUUCAACAAUCUCUCUGAAUUGUGUGGUUUUGAACACUUGAACCUGCGCCAUGUCUGCAUCCUCAUAUUUGACAAAGAUUGCUGCUUAUCUCACUGUACAGAAUGGGCAGACUUCUUACCUUCAAGUUCAUUGGAGAGGUGUGAGUGUCUUACAUCUUAUUGUCAGCUUGUGGUUUCACCAUCUGUCAUCCAACUUCCAUAGAGGCUGACAAUAGUAGCACAUGAAUAGUCAUAAGAUUCACAGCUUGUGAGAUGCUCAUACUCAGGUACCUGGCUAUAAUAAUCUGCCAUUUGUUUCAUUUUAUUUAUCAUGUUUGUUUACACUUUAUACUAACACUCUACUGUCACGUUAGGAGCUGUAUUUCUCGUGAAAUGCUUUUUGUGUGUUCCAAAGCUCUGUAGAUGAUGAUUACGUAACGGAGAUUGGUUUUAUGCAUUAAAUCAUAUAUAUUUCUUUAGUUUUGGAUACUGUGUACAAGCAGAACAAAAACAGAUUUGAAAGUACUGCCGCAUCUAGAGUUAAACUGUAAUUCCAGGUGAUUGUAUAAAACAAAAGGAUAUUUGAAACAGCUCUAGGCAUUAUCACUAGGUGUGAAAUGUAAUCAAAUGCAUAAUUUCUAAUGUAAUAAGCAAAUAAAUCAAGUGAUCUUUCUUUGUAAUAGCUUUGUUUUUAUUUGUCUUCUUUUUAAUUGUGUCUAUUGUUUAGAUUAAAGAUUAAUUCUUAGUGUAUAUUUUCCUUUAUUUUUGUGAUUAAAAGUGAUGUUUCCAGAAAUCUCUCAUUACAGUUCUAUUAUAUAGGGUGUUCAAAAAGUCUCCCUGCAGUUCCGUAUGAUUGUUAGCUGCACAUACUGUAUGAUUGGUCAUCUGCGUGGGUUACUUCCCUUGAAGUGGACUCUCCCAACAUUCCACUGUUUCGUUUAUCUCAGUGAAAUACAAGUUAUUAAUUUAUUAAAUAUUCAUUUUUACUGAGUUUCAUUUCGGUAUAUUCACUGUGGCAUACAGGACACGUGGAGAGACUUUUUGAACACCCCGUAUUUAAAAAAUGUUUAUUUUUAUGCUCAGUUUUUGGUUUACUAUCUUUUUCUUGCUGGUGCAAAACAUGUGGUUAGUUACGUUUUGUCAUACUUGUAAUUUAAGAUACUUGCCGUUAAGUGAUAGGCAUUUUUCAGUUCUGCAUUGCUUUCAGCUAGUGAAGUGAGAACGUUUCUACCAUUAUAGAUCUUGCAACAUAAUAAUGUGUUUCUGUCUAUACUAUCACAGUGGCUUUUAAAUAUUUAAAUAUUUUAGAUUUACUUGCUAUUUAUGGUUUCUCAUUCUUCAUACACACAUAACAAAUUUUGGU